UCUCAUGGUGGUUCCAAAGCAAAGAGCACUAGUUGGCAGCACCAGCGCCAUGCAGCAGCAUGACGUGGUUGGCAUCCUCGCCUUUGAAGCAGCUGCAACCAUGGCUCGCCUCGUCUCCCUCCACAAAGCUCUAUCUGAGCCUGAGAUUCUCCGGCUCUUUUCCGACACCAUAAGAUCACAAGGCGUAGCUUAUCUCAACUCCACUGACGAAACCUUUCUUCUCCAGCUCGCUUGCGCAGAGUUCAUCACUGACCUUGAUCGUGCUGCUGCUGUGAUCUCUCGUUUUGAUAAGAAACAUGGCCGUGGGUUGUCUCGGGUCAAGAGAUUUAAGCGAGUUUAUUGUGAUUUUAAAUCUGGGAAUACUGUUGACUUGGAACAGACAUGGUUCUCAAAGAAGAGAGUUUACAAGAAGGUGAGAAAGAUGGAGAAGUUCAUUGCUGCAACUUCAAAGCUGUGCACAGAGAUGGAAGUUUUGGAGGUUUCAAGGCAGAAGCUCAACAAGCAGUGGAACAAAUACAGUGGACCAAUUCCAGCUCAAACGCUAAUAAUAAGUAAUACUACCAAUGAUCUCCUUUCUGAUAUCAAGUCUCGGCAUCAAAAGAUACACAAGUUAAAGGAGGAGUCUCUGUGGAACCAAACAUUCAACAAAAUGGUUAGAAUCAUGGCUCCAUCAGCAUUCUUCAUUUUCUCACGUAUUUGUGCUGUGUUUGGCCCCUUUGUUCCUGGUCUUCCUGAAGUACUGGUGACACAAAUUAAUGGAAGCAAUAAUAACCCAAGUAUAUGCUUUGUUCCAGUCUCUAAACUCAGAAUCCAGUCACCUUUAUCCUCUUCCGGGUCAUCAAUACUGGAGAAGCAGGCAAUGAUCAACUCAAAAGAAGUGCCAUUGAUGAGAAACUCAUGCCCAAUUUUUGGAUCAAAGGAGCAAACAGAAGCUCAUGGGAACCGGAGAAGGCUGUUGGAAGCUGCUUCAAACACUGUCGGAGGAUCAAGCAUGGCCUUAAGAUAUGCGGAUGUUAUUGUUUCAGCAGAGAGGCUAAUGUUAAUAAAGUCAGAUAGCAGCAAUGAUUCCAAGGGAGAGAGAGUUUUAAGGGACGAGAUUUAUAAGAUGUUGCCAUUAAAGUUACGUGAAGCUGUGAGAAAAAAGUUAAGGGAGUGUUGGAGAGAUCCAGGGCCAUUGGACGGAUGCCUUGCUGAUGGAUGGAAAGCGGCAGUGGAGAGGAUAAUGAGAUGGUUGAGUCCCAUGGCACAUGAUACGUUAAGGUGGCAAGCCGAGAGGAACAUGGAUCGCCGGCAAUGGUUUGAUCCGCAGCCCAAGGCAUUGUUGCUACAAACCUUGCAUUUCUCAGAUAUGGAGAAGACGGAGGCGGCCAUUGUUGAGGUUCUUGUGGGUUUGAGCUGUGUUUGCUGGUAUGAAGAAAGACGUUAUGAAUCAUUGAGAUUGUAGCAAAAAUGUUGAUUUUGAUUUUGUAUUUUAAUUGGUCGAUUGUGAGUUUGAUCGAGAUUAAUUUAGUAUUGUUAUAUAUCAAUAUAUAUAUAAUGAG